AUGGCCCAGGGAGCCCGAUCCGAAUGGAUGCCUGAAACCUCACAACGCCGGUUACGAGACGAGGAUCCUGAAAAGUACUUCACAUGGUGUCUGAGUUAUCCCUAUUUUCUUUACGGCGACGGCGUCGAAGUCGAGAUCGUACUCUUCGCUCCAGGAAUGUCUCAGUGGAUUAAAGUCGAAAACGCUGUGUGGACAACAAUUCAAGAGACAAAAGAGAAACACAAUCUGAACCGCAAUCCAUAUAUGCUAUCGGAGAGCUCAUCUGGCCCUGAGCGCGAUGUAUUCGAGGAGGCAUGCAAAGUUGUCCAAGACCACCCGGAUUUUCCACGUCCUCGACCUCAAGCAAGAGAGAAUGAGAAGCACUUCUACCACAGCAAACUUCCGAAGAUAUUAAUUAGCCAUGUCAACCAUAAAGUUAUGAGCAUGUACGCAGAUCUCCAGUUUGGCAAGAAAAGGAAGAGGACCGGUGAAGAUCCGGAACAUGACAAAAAGGACACGAUGAGUGCACACAAGGUGAAAAAGCCGAAGGAUGAUCAGCAAUUGACGCCAGACAAUCAUCACUGCCCCCAACCAAGUGUUGAUCAGAAGCACCAACAGGAUCCAAGUCUGGCUAUCGAAUUGAAGCCUGCUCCUGUACCAGAGCUGAGGCUCUUGGUGGCAUCCAGCCUGAGUUGCGUGCUUCGCGUCAAGUUCUCCCUCGUUUUCGGCCAACCACCCGAUGACAUCCCACUUAGUGAGAUGACGAUGGACAAGAUCAUAAUGAUGUUGAAGAGUACCGGUGACGACGAAUCACCUCAGUUAGUGUUCGUCUACAGAGACGGCGACAACACAAAGGUUGCCAACGACAUGAUGCUACAGUCAGCAUUUUGCGCAUGGAGAUCAGAGCAAAACUCGCUCAUAUUUUCCCUUUACAUUGACAAUCGUCUUGGGGAAAGUUUGACUCGGCCUGCCUUGCCGCAUCCAGACAAACGUAUCUGA